CAAAUUCCAUCCUCCCCAAAAACCCUAAUCUCCCACACCCCCCUCCCUGUAUCCCCUCUCUCGGCCUCUCUUUGCCUCAAAUCGAGAUCGGAGAAUGGCGGCGAUCGAGCAGCAAACAGUCCUCCAAUUCGCAACAUCAUCUUCAUCGACUCUCUCCGCGAAGGUUCACCCUCUUGUCAUCUUCAACAUCUGCGAUUGCUACGUUAGGCGGCCUGACCAAGCUGAGCGCGUCAUUGGCACUCUCCUUGGCUCCGUCUUGCCCGAUGGCACCGUUGAUAUCCGCAACUCUUAUGCCGUCCCUCAUAAUGAAUCCUCCGAACAGGUGGCUUUGGAUAUCGAUUACCAUCAUAACUUGCUGCUGUCUCAUCAAAAAGUGAAUCCUAAGGAAGUUAUUGUUGGAUGGUAUUCAACUGGGUUAGGAGUUACUGGCGGUAGUGCUUUGAUUCAUGAUUUCUAUUCCAGAGAAGUUCCAAACCCUAUUCAUCUGACGGUGGAUACAGGAUUCAGUAACGGGGAGGGUACCAUAAAGGCUUAUGUUUCUGUGAAUCUGUCUCUUGGAGACCGUCCACUUGCGGCACAAUUUCAAGAAGUUCCUCUUGAUCUUCGUAUGGUUGAAGCUGAGCGCAUUGGAUUUGAUGUUUUGAAGACCACAAUGGUUGACAAAAUUCCAAGUGAUCUGGAAGGGAUGGAAAUCUCUAUGCAACGGCUACUAGCUCUAAUCGAUGAUGUGUACAAAUAUGUUGAUGAUGUGGUGGAAGGGCAUACCGCACCAGAUAAUAACAUAGGGCGUUUUAUAUCAGACACGGUCGCCUCCCUUCCCAAACUUUCACCACCAGUGUUUGAUAAGCUUGUAAAUGACAACAUGCAGGACCAUUUACUCUUGCUGUACCUGUCAAGCAUCACUAGGACACAGCUCAGCUUAGCAGAGAAGUUGAAUACAGCAGCUCAGAUCCUCUGAUUUCUGUCUGCUGGGUGAAUUCACGGCCCAAAACCAUUAAUCCUCAUAGGUGUUGACCUAUAGUAAUGUAUUGUCAAGUUUGGGGAAUCAGAAGCUUGUGUUGAUUUUUGUUAGGUAGGCUAUCUGCAAUUUCAUCUCAAGAUUGUUUUUAUAAUUGUUCAUUUACACUCCAGGAAACAUUAUUCACUUUUGUAAGCUCGAGGUUAAAUCUGGUUUGCUUACAAUGCUGUUAUACUUUGGUUUUCA